AAAAGAAAAGAAAAGAAAAGAAAAGAAAAGGUGAAAGAACAACUACCAAUUAGAGAGACGAAUAUUGACUAUUUUCCCUUUUUAUUACUGUAUCACUUUCCAUCUUUUCCCUCUCAAACUCACACUCAACAGUCAUGGCAGCUGUUUCUAAAUUCUAAGUGACAGUGAGAAGAAUUUUCCCCCUUUACGAUUCUUUAAUUUAAGUUGUAAAGAAUUUCUCUUGCAUAUGGUGUGCACAUUUGAAAUUUUGUGGCCGUACAGUUCCUGGCAAUAACCUUUUUUGUUCACUUUUUAUUACAUUUUUAAAUCCCGUUUCACUUUGUGUGUGUAAUUAGGGUUUAUGGGUUUAUGCAGUACAUUUGAAUCCAUUCGUCUCCUCUCUUUUUGCGUGUUUGUGUUGCGGAGAAAUUCUCAUUUCCCACGUGCUUUUGUUUUGCCUACGAUUAGUAUUGUUAUCCUUCAUUGCGGAAGGUGGAGUGAUUUUGUUGCAUGGGUAGCCAUGUUUCAUUAGUAUUAUGUUCAAUAAUACCCUAAUUCAUGUUCCAGUUGUUCUUAUAGGUGGGUAAAAAUUAACAAAGUUAUUAACAGCGGUAUUUUGUCGUAUUGAUCAAUUUGAGUCUCCAAUGAAGUUGUUAUAUAUUAGACCCAGUGCUUACACGAUUUUCCUGAGAGAGGAAAUUCUAUCGCCUCUAAGCUUGAAAAGCUGUUGUUGAAUUUUUACCAAGCUAAAUCCUAGAUGAGUUUAAGAGCUUGUUUGAGUGAAAGAGUUUCAUAGAUGAUGGCUGAUUAAGAAAGAAGGCCUCAUUUGUUUGUUACAGCUUUCAAAAUCUGCUGCAAUCAUUAAUUGCACUGGUUGCAUAUGAAUAGCAUUGAAAGUGAAUUUCGUUUGACUUAUUAGGGAAAUUUUAUCAUGGCCUUUUGUGUCAUAGUUUGUAGUUGAUGUUCUUAACUAGUAACACGCGAAUAUGAAAUAUGUUUGUAAUCCUAUUUUCCUUGUCCUGGUAUAAACGUGUGCGCAAUUAUGUCUUAAUGUUUAUGCAUAUAUUCCAUAUAUGCUUAGCUUUGAUAACUCCUUAUGAAUAGUAGUGUCAUAUGGUGAGGCUUUUAUCAGUACAUAUCUGAUUUAGCAUGUUGCAUUUGCAUUCUUAGUAUCUGUUGACUAGCAUUAUCUUCUAAUGUCAUAGUACUUAAGUUAUGAAAGAUGGAGUGUUGGUUUGAACAUUAUGGACUCACUUGCUCCUUACUACUCCUUGUUCGUGAGGAUUGCUUCCAUUUGCAUGUGUUGCUUGUAGAGAAGAUAUAGCACCACAAUUUUGUCAGAACUGGCUGAUCCAAAAUAGAAGAGGUUGGAGGAAUGAGCUCAGGCAGCUGAAGAGUUGAUACGGCCUUUAAAAAGGGUGCGACGUAGAUACCAAGAUGGUCAAAGCACCUCCUCUGCUGCAGCUACUGCUAGUGGUCCUACAAUGCCCCUGGUCAUCCGUAAAGAUGAACCAACUGAACUACCUAAUUCAUGUCCCUCAGAGGUAAAUGCAUCUCAAGGCUUGGUGGCAUCACCUCAGCCCAGUGCUGAAAACGAAAGCACUGAUCCUCAGUUACUUAGUAAGAUAAAAAGAAAGCAACCUAUUUUUCCUGAAUCCUUGGUUGCCCGCGAGGUAUGUGACCCCUGGCAGCCUAAUAGCGUCACAAGUCCUUCUCAUGCUGCGAAGCUCAGAGACAGAGGAAAUCAAUUACUAUGUCCUCAAACAUCAACUGGGGAAAAGAGUUCAUUGCCUCAUAGUUCUCCCCAGGCUACUUGUAAUAAACAGUGGAAGAUUGUACGUGGUAGUGUUCCGGUUCCCAAACAGAAGCGUGUUUCAAAUUUUCCAUUGAUUAUUCCUAAAGAAGGGCCUGUUACAGAUGACAUGCCACAGUCCGUGCUUCCUAUUGCUGUCAUUGAUCCAGAGCCAUCUAUCAAAGGAGGUGCAUCUGAUCAGAAUGGUACUAGUGAACUGUCUUAUCUUGAGCCCUCGGAUUUACCAUCCCUAAGUGAAAAUGAAAUAAACGAGGGAACUGACAUUCCACAUGAAGCAAGAACAAAUGGUGAGCUUAAACUGGUGUCAAGUCAAUUUGCUUCUAACCUAGAGAUUGCUUCCUCGCCUUUGGGGGAGGUGAAAAUUUCCUUAAGCUGCAACUUGGCUCAUGUAAGGCCUGAUUGCCAUAUCAUGCCUAGUCUUGAAACAGUUCUACAAUUGGUGGAGGAUAAAUGCCUCAGAUCAUAUAACAUUUUGGACCCAAACUUUUCCGUGAUGAGUAUUAUGUAAGAAAUUUGCCAGUGCUUUCUAAAUUUAAGAUCAGAUCAGAAUAGUGUGAGCCCUUCAACCAUGGAUGUGCAUCCAACUCCAACCAUUGAUGUACCGAGUAAAUCUUCUGCUACAGAUGAUCGUGGUGCUGGUGAACUGUAGUUAAGUUCUUUAACUGGAGCAAAUGAUCCCCAGUCUAAUUCUGAGUUACCUUUACACAAAACACCACUGGUUACUUCUUGCAAUGGCACAGCUGAUAGCUAUCAACUGGAGGAGAGGGAUGGUGGGGAUGACCAUGGAACACAUACUGAGAGCACAGAGCAUCAUUUAGAAGAAACAAAGAGCUUCUUUCUUCCUUUUUGGCUUCACUAUACUCUGUUCUUAACAAGUGGCAUUUUGGUUGUUGAAACUGAUUAUGUUCUCUUAUGAUUUGAGUAUUGAUCUUCCUUCACUUGCACUGCAGGCGCUGGUGCAAAUC